AUGUCGCCUUAUUCCUCGGCGAAGCGCCAGAAACGCGACCAGGCCGGCGCUCAGCAUAGUCACGGUCGCCUCUCUGACCGAGAGACCAAGUCCAAGUCACAGUCCGUACCACUGAAGCGCAGGGUCUCAUCAAGGUCUCAGUCUCAGCCUGAGCCAGUGCCCGGGUCCGUGUCCGCGCCGCCUCAGCACAAGGGGAAGUCAAACCCACCGCCCCACCGCGACGCCGGAUCCGCAUCGUCGAAACACAAGGAGAAUUCAAGGCGUGAGCAUCUGCCCGCCUUCGCGCCGUUGAAGCGCAAGUUGAGCAAGUCCACGUCGAAGCCAAAGCCAAAGCCUCGUCUCGACUCCUUAGCGACUCAAGAGAAAGCCGCGUCCAAGCCUGCGCCAGAGCCAGGGCGAUACCCUCAGCUUGAAGCCGAGCCCGACCCGCUCAAUCACCUGCUCAAUACCCUUGAUGAUCUCGAUCGCGCCAGUCACCUUGGCAAACUACAGACCAACGUCACGGCCGCUCGAAAUCUCCUCUCCGCUGCCAGAGGCUCUCUCAGAACAUACCAGAGUCACGUUGCACGUCUCUCCGGCGAAAUCCGGCGAACUAGACAGUACGCGGAAGAGGUUGUCGCCGGGGAGACCAAUUUCGACGCUCGAGCAGACAAAGAGAGAGGGAACAAAGGAGAAGAAUUUCUGGUCACGGAGAAAUAUCUCCGCCGCCGUGGUCGCCGGAUUGCGCGUAGCCGCGCCAAUCUUGAACUCGGCGAGAAGCUACUGGAAGAGCAACGCCGCCUCUACGCUCACACCGAAGGGCUAUACAAGGCCGUCCGCUGGUGGGUUCAAGCCUUGCAGACCCUUGCAGGCCUCUGGACAAGGAUAUGGGAUCUCUAUGAGAGCAUGAACCAAGUGGGACCGAGCUCGCGAGCGCAGAGUAUCAGCACGCAAUGGCUGGACAACACCCAGGCGUCCCUGUGGAGGCACCUGAUCCAGGUCGAAAUGGAAGUGCAGACGACCAGCAGGGAAGUCACUGAAGCCCAGACUGCAUUGGCCAAAGAUUCACUGGUAAAAUGGGAAGAGGACGCACUAGACUAG